AUGCCUACGGUUCAUUUCUCUAGCACAACGAAGACCCCCAGUGAAACUGUCUCGACACUACAGAAAGAGACAGACUCAGCUAGCGACCAUGAAAUAGCGCCCCUAGGUGAGCUAUCGACUGGGCGGAGACUUUGGUUUCAGAAGGGUCGAAAGUACGACCCCGACGCGAUUGCAACUCAGCCGUCAGUCUAUGAUGACCCAGACACUGCACAUGAAUAUCAACCGAAUGAUGACUGGGAGAACCUGCAUCGAUUUGACCCCUCCGCAAGAUGGACCUGGGGUGAGGAAAACAGGGUCAUCCGUAAGAUUGAUGCUCGGAUCAUGAUAUUUACCUCCAUCAUGUUCAUGGCUCUGGAAUUGGAUCGAGCGAACCUUCAACAGGCCUUAACCGACAACUUCCUGAAAGACUUGAAUCUCACCACUAAUGACUAUAACUUAGGGAAUACUGUUUUCAAACUCUCUUUCCUCUGCGCAGAACUUCCUUCACAACUCGUCAGUAAAUGGAUGGGACCAGACAGGUGGAUUCCCACGCAAAUGACCCUCUGGUCGGCGGUUGGUAUGGCUCAAUACGGACUCAAGGGACGGUCAUCCUUCCUUGCCUGUCGAGCCCUUCUCGGAAUGCUCCAGGGUGGAUUCAUCCCCGAUGUCAUUCUUUACCUCUCCUACUUUUAUAAAUCGCAUGAGCUGUCUGUGCGACUGAGCUUCUUCUGGACAGCCUACAACCUGGCUGAUAUCCUCGCGAGCUUUCUAGCCUUCGGCCUCUUGCACCUACGCGGUGUCCAGGGCCAGCCAGGCUGGCGAUGGCUGUUCCUACUUGAAGGCCUCAUAACGCUGAUAGUUGGCCUCGUCGCAUUUAUCUUAAUGCCACCAGGACCUUGCCAAACCGCCAACUGGGCGAGAGGCAAGAAAGGCUGGUUCACACCACGCGAAGAAACCAUCAUGGUGAACCGCGUGAUCCGCGACGACCCAAGCAAAGGCACAAUGCACAACCGCGAACCGAUAACCCCCAAACUCCUCUGGAAAAGCCUCUGCGACUACGACCUGUGGCCCCUCUACGCCAUCGGCCUCACAUGGCUCACACCCAUGACGCCGCCCCACCAAUACCUCACACUCAACCUGCGAGGCAUGGGUUUCAACACGUUCGUAACGAACCUCCUCACGAUCCCCUGCACAUUCGCCCAGAUCCCCACCAUGAUCACCCUCACAUACCUGUCCGAGAAAUUCGGCCAGUUGACCUGGGCAGCAAUGUUCCCGCAGUUCUGGGCUCUGCCGUUCGUGAUCUACCUCUAUGUGGUUGACAUCAAUACCAUCAAUAAGUGGGUUGCGUGGGUGAUCCUGACUAUAUUCUUAUCUAUUCCGUCCGCACAUCCAAUCCAAGUCGCCUGGAACUCUCGGAACUCGAAUACCGUUCGCUCGCGCACCGUGUCGGCUGCCGUGUACAAUAUGUGCGUGCAAGCGUCUGGGAUCAUUGCUUCGAAUAUUUACCGGAAAGACGAUGCGCCUCGGUAUAAGAGGGGAAACCGCGUUCUUGUUGCUUUGGUGGCUAUGAAUAUUUCUAUUUAUCUGUUUACGAAGGCGUACUAUGUUUGGCGCAAUGCGUCCCGGGACAGGAAAUGGAAUGCUAUGUCGGAGGAGGAGAAGAGGGUGUAUUUGGCUACGACUACGGAUGAGGGGAAUAAGCGGCUGGACUUUCGGUUUGCGCAUUAG